AUGAUCCUCUAUUCUCUGCAUCUUCCAACUCCAUCUACUUCUUCUUCUCACACUCACUCUCUGAACCCUAUCCCCAACCGUUACCCACACACAAACGGUUACAUCAAGUUUAGAACAACCUACCGCGAAAACCUUCGUUACCUCACAACAUUAACCUUAAUCCACCCAAAAACCCAACCCAACAACCUCACUCUCCCCGACGCCGUCGACCACAUCCUCGCCACCGUCAGCUUCCUAAAAUCCCAUUCCUUCUCCGACGUCGACAUCCCCCGCCUCGCCCGCCACUUCCCCCACCUAUUCUCCACCUCAUUCGACCCUUCCGACAUCGCCCCCGUCUUCCGAUUCCUCUCCGGCGACCUCCUCGCCACCGCCGAAGAGUCUCGCGGCCUCAUACUCCGCUGCCCGAAUCUCCUCUUCUCCGACGUCAACCUCUGCCUACGUCUGACGCUACAGUUCCUCCUAGAGGUCAGUGUCCGCGGCCUGAACAAGCCCACGAACCGGAACGCGCACCUGCUGAACACGCGCGUGGGGAAGCUGCGCGUGAAGGUGAGGUUUCUGGAGGAGGACGUGGGGUUGUCGUAUGAGGAGGCAAGGCUCGUCGCAUGGUCAGUGGAGCUGUCAGAGUAUGGAUUGCAAUAUGAUAAAAGGGGGAGAUUUGGGGCGCUGACCUUGGCAGAUUUUGUGGUGGAAUUGACACCCGAGGAAGGAGAAAGAGUAAACACACAAUGGACGUUGUUCGUCGAUGGUUCGUCGAACGACAACGGAAGUGGAGCUAGAGUCACACUGCAGAGGCCGGGAGAACUGGUGUUGGAGCAAUCUCUCAGAUUCCAGUUCAAGGCCAAUAACAACCAAGCGGAAUAUGAAGCUCUAAUUGCAGGACUAAAGCUGGCGAUCGAGGUGCAAAUUGACAGUUUGUUGGUAAGGACGGACUCGUUGUUAGUGGCAAAUCAGGUUAAUAGGGAGUUCCAGGUCAAAGAACCGGCUUUGAUAAAGUAUCUAGAGCGCGUACGAUCGCUUAUGAGUCGAAUAAAGGAGAUUGUGGUCGAGUACGUGCCGAGGAGAUAG